GCUGUAUUUUGGUUGAUUAUUUUGAGGUAAAUAAAGUAUUGGUUUUAUUUGUAUACAUGUACUAAUUAAAGUUAGAAGUAGGUGAUUUUCGCUUAAUGCUUAAUAGAUUGCCAAUAGUUAUUUUUUUUCUUCUUAAAAUUAUUGAAAUCAUGUUAGUGAUAUUGCAUUUGUAUCAGACUGCCAACUUUGUUAAUAGUAUUAUAAAAAUGCACACAGAAUAUUUUUCCUUUUGACAAAAUCUGUGCAUAUCAGACCUUCGAAUUACUAGAUCCAUGCUCUGCCAACUGAGUUACAGCUAGGAUCAGGACGGAUAGAAGACAGGCAAUUAAUAACUAUACAGUAUACUGAAUGUCAUAAACAUAUUCUCGUUUAGGGGCCACAUCCAUAUUCAUGUUGCCACAAAUAAUGUCGAAUUGACGUUAUGAGUGUGUGGGGUUUUAUAUGAACUUAUCGACAUUAUCUCGUGGCAAUUUGACAAUUAAUAUCUGAAGUACAGAAAAAUACACAGAAGUCCAUCUCCAUUGUUUUUUUGCAUAAUCGCUAUUUGUCAUGAUUCGUCACUCAGCAAGUACCGUAAACAGAAGCAGUUCCCCCUGGACAUGCACCAUUUUGAGUAUUUCCAGGGAGGACUGCUUCUGUUUACGGUACUUGCCGAGUGACGAAUCAUGACGAAUAGCGCUUACGUAAAAAAAAGGAUUCUGUGUCCAAAGUAACUAUCAACUACUAAUCCCUUACAUUAUUCAGCAUCAAACAAUACUAGUUCUGCGAGUGUACUGUUAUUAAUAAUGUUAUAUAUAUUACUGACUUUCCAUGUAUUUUAUAACCCAUUAAGUGCCAGUGCUCUCCCUUGAUGAGUAAAAUCAUCUGGCAUUAGACAGAGUAAAUAAUAAAGCAGGGCUCGUCAGGGCACAAUGCGACUCAAUGGGUUGUGAAAUGCUCCUAAUAGUUUCUAUUUUAUUAUUUCCAACAUUAUACAAGGCCAGAAAGUAUUAAAUGGCUUAAAAUGAUACUCCCUUCACCUUUUUUCUCUAGAGUUGUGAUCUAAUUUAGUAAUGUUUUGCAAUGAAAAGAGAGAGUGGAAGAACUAAGUCACCAUUUCACGAUGGAGAUAUAGAGAACAGUACACCCGCACAUGUCAAUGUUAAGAAAAAAAAGAAGGAACGUGGCAUUCCAACUGCAGUUGAGGUAUGUGUGGUAAUUGAAUUCUGAUCAGCCAGGGUGAAAUAACUAUUUGUAUGUUUGCAUACCAGCAUUAGGCCGCGACUGCAUAACAAAACUAGAUUCUCAUCAGUCCCCCUUUGUGGCCCUACUUUAGUAAUUACUCUGUCUAAUGCCAGAGUAUUUUACUCCGUCUAACGCCAGACAAUUUCACUCGUAAAGUGGAGAGUGCUGCCACUCAAUGGGUUAAAAGUGGUGGAAACCACCCGGGGGCAAAUGCUUCGCAAUAAUUUCUGAAAGCCUUUGAAUGAUACAAGAAUAAUUUUUCAACCAUGAAAGGUCGACUAUAAAUGUAGCUUUAUAUACAGUAUAUUGCUUAAAUUUAAGGCAAAAAGUUUAGAGAACUAACAUUUCCAACAACAAAAGGUAGUCAUGUGUUGGCAACCUAAUUUGCAGCCAAUAUUUUGAAAAGUGCCCGCUACAGGCUACUGCUGUACAUGUUGCUGCUAGUGCCAUAUAACAAGCCGCCCCAUCAUUAGACUUGCUCCAAGUCUCUCUUUCAUUGUCAUAUAGUAUCGAUCCACUAUAGUGUACAUUACAUGACGUAGUACAGAGGGGCGGAGCGAGACAACUUCGGAAAAUCUUGGUUCAAAACUGAACUGAAAAUGCAAGACUUGCUUUAAUUGUUUUCUGUCAGUGUUUAUAUGUAUCGAUCUAGCACGGUGUAAAUAACAUGAGUUCCAUUAUAGUAAAUAAUACAGAAAGAAAUUGAAGGAAAACAAUUAAAGCAAGUCUUGCAUUUUCGGUUCAGUUUUGAACCGAGAUUUUCUGAAGUUGACAAGUCUCUCUUUCUCGCUCCGCCUCUCCGUGCUACGUCAUGUAAUGUACACUAUAGUGGAUCGAUAUGACAAUGAAAGAGAGACUUGGAGCAAGUCUACCCCAUCAUUGGUUUGAGUUUCCCUUUGUGGGGAUAAAGUUAGAUAAAGUGACUUUAAGCCUGACUUGUCCAGCAUUGAAACAGGUGGGAGAAGGGCAUUGAUAUCAAUGGGGGAAGGGAGGAGGAAUAAUGUAUGUAAAAGUAGACUGUCCCAGUGGUGUAGGACUGAAAUGAUAACAACAGGGGUGUGGUGAUAAUUAAGCCAAUAAGGCAUGGAUAAGUUCCAUGAGUAUUUAUUUUUGGUUCUAGUAAUUCUUCAAUUGGUGUUUUUUUUUAAGAAUUUAAAGGACUUGAAAUAAAAAAUUCUGAUAUACCGAAGCUAUUUCCAGGCCUCUGAAUUCAGGUUGGCAAUCGGCAAAUGCUGACACAUCACCGUGUCAGGACGGACAAAAAAAAUUGCCGACGUGCAAUUUUUAUCAAUAUAUUCUAUACUUUCCUGACACAAAUUUAGGGAGUAAAACGCAAAGGAAUAUAAUUUGUAUACAUAUGUUUUUACUAAUGUAUGUGUAAGUCACAACUCAAAUUCAAAAGGAUAUCAGACAUCAUACACUUCAAAUAUGUUUGGUUAUGAUUUAGUUAAGUUAAGUACAGUAACUAGAUGUGAUACAAUUCUCUAACCUCCUGGUUUCUUAAGUGUAAAUCUCGCCAAUAUUGCUACAGACAUGUUUUUAUUGGAAACCUAAAUUUGCCUACAGGCAACAGUACCUGGUGCCGACCUGUUUUCACUUCAGGUCGACCUGAUUUUUUGCUAAUUCAGAUGCCUGUAUUUCAUGUUGGAGCCACAUACAUGACCUAAUAGUAUGAUCAUAGUAAUCAAUUAUAGAUUACUAACAUCAUUACUGCAUCAUUUCAACACUACAGUAAAGAACAGCAAAGAACUUUCCAGGUCAUGAAUAUGCAAUCUGCAAAAAUAUUGAGAGGUCAGCCCCUCCCCCCCCCCCCAAACUGGCAUGAACUUUUUAGCAAGGGGGGCUCAGCCCACCUGAGCCCUGACUCUUCUACACCCCCCUGGAUUGUCCCAAUGUGUAUCAAUAUUGAAACAUGAUACCAUGGUCACGUAUGGUUGAUUUAUCUCCAAUCAGAUGUCAGCCCAAAGAGAAACCAGAUUUCACAAUAGUUCAUUUCCCGGAAGAGAGAGCUUUUACUACGAAGUCGAGCUUGAGUAGUUAUUUCAUUGCGCGCUUUUAAAGCUGUUGUGCCUUCUUUUUCUAAACCGAAAGUCAUUCCUAGUGCAAAAUGAGCAGUGAAGAUUUGCUGGCGAAAUUCGACGAAAUGGUGAAGCGUUUCAAGCAGGAAUUCAAUGAAAUUAUCGAAGGCGAGCGUACCAAAAUGAGGGCGGAAGUAGAAGCGUACAAAGCAGAAAAGCUUCGAAUGAAAGCAGUCGAAGUCAGCGACGAUGAUAUAAUCAAUCUCAACGUCGGUGGGAAAAAAAUGACGACAAAGAGAUCAACUUUGUGUCAAGUCGAAGGUUCGUUGCUCGCUUCCAUGUUCAGCGGCAGAUGGGAAGACAGUCUCGCUCGUGAUGAAGAUGGUCGCAUUUUCUUUGACUUCACAAUACUUUGUGUAUAUCUUGGAUUAUCUUCGCGCGAGGACAAUCGCGACCGCGGAGAAUCCCGCGCCAUUCAGGCCGAAACUCGCUGAAGACCAAGUGAAACAUUUCGGCGAUCUUGUCCAUUAUCUCGGCUUGGGCGAUGAAAUCGUAGUGUCUGUAGAUGAGCCGAAUGAAAUCGUCCCCACUGAGAUUGCACCACCGGAGAAAUUUAAUUUACACAGCACUGGAGUUACCAUUCAGGAAGGCAGUAAAGUCGCAGUCAAUAAUUCAGGAGGGCACAGAUACGUUCUUGGUGAAAAUACGUAUCAACGAGGGAUUGUGCGUCGCAAGUUGAAGAUACAGUCGUUUCAAAAUAAUCAUUGGAUGCUGGUUGGCGUAGCGAAAGGGGAUGUUGUGCCACAGAAUGACAAUUAUUCAUAUGGCUGGCCUGGGUCUUAUGGAUGGGCACUUGGGGAUACUGGUCAAGUAUGGAAGAACGGGUCAAGCACAAACGAUAAUACUUUAAAAAAUCUGAUCAGUCAAGGCGAUACGGUUGAGUUAGUCUUGGAUUGCAAUGCUGCCAAGCUGUCACUACAUUUGCCUUCUGGUCAGCAAUUUCACGUUGAUCUGCCCAAGUCGCAAACUUGGAGGCUUCAUGUGAAUUUGAAUGGUAACAAUGACAGAAUACGCAUCGUGGAAGCUUGACAUAUAACCAAACUAUUUUAAAAAAUAUUUAAAAUCUUGUUCAGGAGGAAUGGACUUAUGGACAAAAUAACAAAUAUAUAGACGAAAUAUUUAGAUUCAUUUACCAUAUUUAGAUUCAUUUACCAGUGCCAUGUUAUUUUUUAUAAGUAGUAAGAUAUCAUGUUAUAUAUAUAUAGUUUCUAUGCACGUAUCAUGUUAGUUUUCAUUUGUGGUAAGAUAGUAUGUUCAAGUAAGAUGUAUUUUCAUAAGUAUAGACUGUAUAGUAACAUAUGCUAAUUUUCACAUUAAAUAGUAAGAUACAGUAUGUUAGUUUUCAUAAGUAGUGAAGUAUUCUAACUUUGUUUCUUGUUUACUUGUUUUAAUUUGCCUUACAAGUGUUACAUGACUAAUUAUCAGGAUUUUGGACAUUUACACUCACAUCUACUUAACAAUAAGUGUACGUGCCCAAAAUCUUGAUAUUGACCCAUACACCGUACAUUGACAUUAUACCUUGGUAUUUAUACAUAAACUUGUGGCUAGAGCUCGACAACUGGCCUCUGGAUGUAGAGGGUCCUGGAGGGGUUAAUAGGAACUGGGAUUUGCGUAUUUUUGAACUGGGAAAAUAGGAUUUGGCUUACUGAGAAUGAAAGACACAAAAAUGGGAAAGCCCAAAUACCAUUAUAAAGACAGUUGUAUUUGUGUAAAAGAGUCCAGGAAAACUGAACUUAAACCGAGUUAUGGCUCAAUGAGGUCAUUUUUCUGCAGUUGUAAGUCAGUCAUAUACCUUUCUCUCGGCAAAACUAGUUCUAAAACGGGGCAAUUGAACGCAGAAUUGUGUUUAAAAGUCAUCACAUAGAUGAACCACCUGCUCUGGGAUUUUCGUUCAAUUUCACAGAGGGACUGGGAUUUGAUCUAAAAUUUAUAAAAUUACACUCGAAAUUAACAUCUACAAAUCUCUUCAACAAUUAGUUCUAUCAAGUGAGAUGUCCAUAUCCUGAUGUUUACUAUUACUGCUACUAGAAUCCAUAGAGUGUAAAUUUUUAUAUUGAAACAUGAAACGGUUAUCAUUGUUCAUUUAUCUCCAAUCAGAUGUCAGCACAAAGAGACACCAGAUUUCACAAUAGUUCAUUUCCCGGAAGAGAGAGCUUUUACUACGAAGUCGAGCUUGAGUAGUUAUUUCAUUACGUGCUUUUAAAGCUGUAGUGCUUUCUUUUUCUAAACCGAAAGUCAUUCCUAGUGCAAAAUGAGCAGUGAAGAUUUGCUGGCGAAAUUCGACGAAAUGGUCAAGCGUUUCAAGCAGGAAUUCAAUGAAAUUAUCGAAGGCGAGCGUGCCAAAAUGAGGGCGGAAGUAGAAGCGUACAAAGCAGAAAAGCUUCGAAUGAAAGCAGUCGAAGUCAGCGACGAUGAUAUAAUCAAUCUCAACGUCGGUGGGACAAAAAUGACGACAAAGAGAUCAACUUUCUGUCAAGUCGAAGGUUCGUUGCUCGCUUCCAUGUUCAGCGGCAGAUGGGAAGACAGUCUCGCUCGUGAUGAAGAUGGUCGAAUUUUCCUCGGAAUUUUCUUUGACUUCAACCCACAAUACUUUGUGUAUAUCUUGGAUUAUCUUCGCGCGAGGACAAUCGCGACCGCGGAGAAUCCUAAGCCAUUCAGACCGAAACUCGCUGAAGACCAAGUGAAACAUUUCGGCGAUCUUGUCGAUAUCUUGGUUUGGGCGAUGAAAUCGUGAUGUCUGUAGGUGAGACGAAUGAAAUCGUCCCCACUGAGAUUGGGCCACCGGAGAAAUUUAAUUUACACAGCACUGGAGUUACUCUUCAGGAAGGCGGUAAAGUUGCCAUACAUGGUUCAACUCCAGGGCAUAGAUACGUUCUUGGUGAAAAUACGUAUCGCCAAGGGAUUGUGCGUCGCAAGUUGAAGAUAGAGUCGUUUCGAAAUAAUGAUUGGAUGCUGGUUGGGGUCGUGAAAGCGGAUGUUGUAUCACAGAAUGACCGUUCAUAUAGCUGGCCUGGUUCUUAUGGAUGGAUACUCGGGUCCAGCAGUUGGCAAGGAGUAUUUAAAGAGGGGUCACUUACAAACGAGACUACUUUACGAAAUCUUACAAAGCAAGGCGAUACGGUUGAGUUAGUCUUGGAUUGCGAUGCGGCGAAGCUGUCACUACAUUUGCCUACUGGUCAGCAAUUUCACGUUGAUUUACCCAAGUCGCAAUCUUUGAGGCUUCAUAUAAAUUUGCAUAGUGCAAAUGACAAAAUACGCAUCGUCGAAGCUUGACAUAUAACCAAAGUAUUUUAAAAAGUACUUAAAAUCUUGUUCAGUAAUAAUGAACAAAAUAGCAAAUAUAUAGACGAAAUAUUUAGAUUCGUUUACCAGUAAAAUAUUUGAUAGUUUGCAUUGUACUGUUAGAAGUCACUUUACUUUACAUAAGUGGUAAGGUAUCGUGUUAGAUAUAGUUUUCAUUCAAAUAGUAAGGUGCACAUGUGUUAGCUUUCAUAAGUAGUAAAGUAUUCUAAGUUUUGUUUGUGUGUUUUAAUUUGAUUUAUUCAGAAAUGUUAAAUGAUUAUAAUAAAACUGUGGCAAUUGAUACACCAGGCGGAAAUCUUAGUUUAGAUUAUAAUAAAGCUUGAAAAUAACUUUUAAACUGUCGUAGGAAAGGUUUGUGUCGGGGCCAUAUUAGCUGCAACAAAUGCAAAUUGUGCUCAAAAUAGGAACAGUGUAUAAUGUGCACAAAUUAAUGCAAAAUGAGCCAAAGGCAAAAUAUUGAGGUAUCUCUGAGGUCUCGAAUUUUUGUUACAUGCCUCUAUGGAAUAUAGCUACAUCAUUUACAUUUUCUAAUCCACUGCAUUUUUAGAUUGGGGACACACCCCUGUACGUGGGAGAGGACAGCGAGAGGGGUAGAUUGCUGUUACGCGUAUACGAACAAUUUUGCAUGCUACUGAUAUUUGUAUCUAUAGUCAAAUUUGACUAACGUUUGUUUAUGUACUAUUUAAAACAUGAACAGCAGUGUUUUUGAUCAGAUAUAAAUAAUGCGAGGCGAAGCCGAUUAUCUUUUGGUCUGAUAAUGAACUGCGAAUUUUUAAAAUUGUUUCAAAAACUAGCGAUCUAGUAAGUUCAUUGGCGAAGUAAUUUUCAAAAAAUACGUUGUGUAAGUCGAGAAAAUCAAAGUUAAAAUUAACUUUGUUAAAGUUAUAUUCGAAGACCCUUUACAACUUUUUCGUACCUUGCUUGGUUUUCGAAAUAUUUUCACCAAAGACAUGCCAGUGGGCAGUCCGCCAUCUUGGUAUUAUAUAAUUGACUUAAAAAACUGAGUAUAUUGCCAUAUCUCUUUAAAGUUUAUGUAAAUCACGGGAAAUCUCUAUCACAUAUAAAGAUACGACACGCUUAUGAUUUUUCUUUGUGUUUUCCUAAUGAAUUAUUAAUGAAUUUUGAAACCCAAUUCACAACUUUAGAUAACUCACAUGCCUAGUUAACUAUUGUUCUAGUUUACAGAAACAUAGAAUAGAACAAAGGUAACUAAGCUUUACAAUUAUUUACAUGAGUGAAUAGCUCUUGUACAUAACUCUAAUACUUAGUUAUACCUUUGUCGUAUUUUAUGCUUCUGUAAACUGGAACAAUAGUAACUACAAUCCCCACACCGCGUGCGUCAUGCUAACAAAACUAUAGAUGUAUUUCUACAGAAUUAAUCCCCCCCCCCAAAAAAAAAAAAAAUUCUUCCCCUCCUACCCCCAAUUCAAUGUUGGUAAAUCAACUAACUCCGAACAUACUUUUAAAAUUUAAAUGCGAAAAACAACAUUGAAUAGGGGGCAGGGGGGCGACACAUUUCAUGAAAGAACGUCUCAAUGUUAAUAUUGGCGUUAGAAAAGUUAGGUGUCCACAUAAUUUUUGCUAGAAUUGUAGGCAUGUGAGUUAUCUAAAGGGUUGAAUUGGCUAUAGCAGCAAUGUAAACAACAAUAUUUUUAUUUCUAGGAAAGAAUAAGGCACAGUCACAGAAGAUUAGCUAAUGCUUCAAGCAAAUCCAGUGUAAGAACUUGAAAUUAUAAAAAUAUGAUAGUGGAUUUAUUAUCGCUAACAUAUUGGUCAAUAACCCCUCUCCCCGAUAAUUAUGAAUGAACACUGAUGAAGACUAAAUGAUGUCAUUUAUUAUUUUAUAGAAGCAAACAGCAUUAAAAUCAGUAACACAUAAACCUCAUUUUGUUCCACCGCCAGCACGAACUUCUCCUGGUAGCAAGAAGACUAUUGCUUGGGAGGUGCGUUAUAUCAUGGAUAAUAAAAUAAAUGGAUAGGAAACUAGCUGACGUGACCUAAUGCUGUUGGAUGUUGAAACCUAGUUGCAUACCAAAUUCUCAAAAACGGCAUGUUCAGCAAUAAUACAGCAAAACAUUUUAGUCAAAGAGCAAAUAAAUAUAACUACGCCAUUCUACGAUGAAAUCUCUAAGUAUUCCCAGUCAACUUUAGCAAAUAUUUCAAGCACUAAACAGUGAAAAAUGCAUCGCAAAUUUCGUUAAAAUUGGCGACGCCAAUUUCGUAGCUACAAAGACGAAAAACAUUUACCUAGCUUGAAUACUUUGUCCUGGCUUAGGCAUGUUUUUAAAACAAUUAGACCAGUUUAUGCUUCAAUAUUACUCUUUUAAAGCGGAAAAUAUAGCGAAACAACAAAAAUGCUGAGAACUUUGUCAAUACGCGUGACGUCACAGAUUGCAACUAGGUUUAGACUGUGACGUCAUGAAGUUUCCUAUCCAGUUAUUUUACAAUCCAUGGUUAUACCUAACUCGGUUGCUAAAUAAAGAAAGCUGGCUACUAACGUCCUGAGGACCUGCCUUUGCUGUGUGAUGUGAUGACCUGAUUUCUGUUUCGUGUUAUAGGGUAACACACACAGACUGGAGAUUGACCCGAGUAAUUUGACAAGUACAAGACGUUCUCUUAGAGUUGAUGAUCUUGACACCUCCGAGGUACGAAACAAUUUACUUUGGAGAAUAAAUAGUUUGAUGAUUUUUCAAAAUAUUCUGUUAUAGCAUUGAUUUGCGUGAAUGUUAUAUUUAGGAAGAAGGGACGCGAGAUAAACUGAGAGUUUAUGAGAGAACAAUUGGCAACUUGAUGGACGAAAUAGGAACAUUACGACAUGAGGUAGGCUGAGAAAAAGAGUAAAAAGUUAAAUAGUUUUUUGUUUGUCCUUAAAGGCCUAUCUACACGAUACGAUUCUUACCCUAGGGUAUGUAGCUACUCGACUAUAAAUGCAUGUAAAGAUGUCGCGUUUCAAUUUUCACCAUAAAAUGAUGAACAGGAAUAGUGGCGUUAGCAGUUACUUUCAUACGCCAUGCAGAAUGACAAUCGUAUACGAUACUAUACUAUACUAUACUAUAGCCCUAUAUCGUGUCAAAAUUGGUCUUAAAUCUUUCCUGCAAGAAUCUUUGAUUUUUUUCUCACCAGGUGGGCAUUCAUGACAGCACGAGGUCUGUGCAGAAAAAGAAAGAACAAUUGAAUGCCAGCAAACGACUGCUUGAAGCACAAGAGGACGAAAUUAUGGUAAAUAUAUUGGUAUAUUUUGUGGAAUUUCUAUAUCAUGUGUACAGAAUCGGGUUGUUUUUUUUCGAUCCUACCGUUGCUAUGUUCCGUCUUCAGGACAGUAUGAACUUGAAAUUCAUUCCUGCAAUCUGA